CCCCCCCCCACCCUCACACACUCACCCACCCACCCACCCACACACGGGGGGCACGUAGCUGUUAUCACAAACCGCAGCAGACUCUCCAUCAACAGGUGCAACACAGUGGACUCGGGUUUCUUCCUCCUCAGCGGGGUGGGGGCAGCCAUGUUUGGGGGGGGUUUGUGAUGUCCGAGCCCUGCGGAGGGUCAGCAGAAAGAGACAAAGAGGGGCGGGGCGACGUUCUCCGGUUCUUGGUUGGCUCUGGGGAUGACGAGCGGGACGCUGCCGGCAUGAAGAGCGAGAUGUUCCGAGAAGAAGACCUGGAGGAAUGUUACGACGAGUCGCCGCCAGAGCGUCAGAUCGUGGUGGGCAUCUGUGCCAUGAUGAAGAAGUCCAAAUCCAAACCCAUGACGGAGAUCCUGGAGCGCCUCUGUAAGUUUGACUACAUCGACAUGGUGAUCUUCCCCGAGGAGGUGAUCCUGGAGGAGCCCGUGGAGAAAUGGCCCCUCUGCGACUGCCUCAUCUCCUUCCACUCCAAAGGUUUCCCGCUGGACAAAGCUGUGGAGUACGCCAAGCUCCGGAACCCGCUGCUCAUCAACGACCUCAACAUGCAGUAUUUCAUUCAGGACAGGAGGGAAGUGUACCGGAUCCUGCAGGAGGAGGGGAUUGACUUGCCUCGUUAUGCCGUGUUGAACCGAGAUCCCGACAAGCCUGAAGAGUGUAACCUGGUGGAGGCGGAGGACCACGUGGAGGUGAACGGGGAGGUGUUCCCCAAACCCUUCGUGGAGAAACCCGUGUGCGCAGAGGACCACAACGUCUACAUCUACUACCCAACGUCUGCGGGAGGGGGCAGCCAGAGGCUCUUCAGAAAGAUAGGGAGUCGUAGCAGUGUGUACUCCCCAGAAACCAACGUACGAAAAACUGGAUCCUACAUCUACGAGGAGUUUAUGCCCACGGAUGGGACUGAUGUGAAGGUGUACACGGUGGGUCCGGACUACGCCCACGCAGAGGCCCGGAAAUCUCCCGCCUUGGAUGGAAAGGUGGAGAGGGACAGCGAGGGGAAGGAGAUCCGUUACCCCGUCAUGCUGACCGCCAUGGAGAAACUGGUGGCCCGCAAGGUCUGCCUGGCCUUCAAGCAAACAGUGUGCGGGUUCGACCUACUCCGGGCCAACGGACACUCCUACGUCUGCGACGUCAACGGCUUCAGUUUUGUCAAGAACUCCAUGAAGUACUACGACGACUGCGCCAAGGUCCUGGGGAACAUGGUGAUGAGGGAGUUAGCCCCCCAGUUCCACAUCCCCUGGUCUAUCCCCUUGGAAGCUGAAGACAUCCCCAUCGUCCCGACGACCUCAGGAACCAUGAUGGAGCUUCGCUGCGUCAUCGCCAUCAUCCGCCAUGGAGAUCGCACACCAAAGCAAAAGAUGAAAAUGGAGGUCCGGCAUCCUUUAUUCUUUGAGUUGUUUGAAAAGCACGGAGGCUACAAGUCAGGAAAGCUUAAGCUGAAGAAGCCGAAACAGCUUCAAGAAGUGCUGGAUAUCGCCCGCCUGCUGCUGGCUGAGCUCGGCCAGCACAACGACUGCGAGAUCGAGGAGAAGAAAUCUAAACUGGAGCAACUCAAGACCGUCCUGGAGAUGUACGGCCAUUUCUCAGGUAUCAACAGGAAGGUCCAGCUGACCUACCUGCGUAACGGGCAGCCCAAAGCCUCCAGCGAAGAAGAAGACUGUAAGAAGGACGGCCCGUCCCUGCUGCUGGUGCUGAAGUGGGGCGGCGAGCUGACGCCUGCAGGCCGGGUUCAGGCUGAGGAGCUGGGCAGGGCCUUCCGCUGCAUGUACCCUGGAGGUCAAGGCGACUAUGCCGGCUUUCCAGGCUGUGGCCUCCUGCGCUUGCACAGCACUUACCGCCACGACCUGAAGAUCUACGCCUCGGACGAAGGCAGGGUGCAGAUGACCGCGGCUGCUUUCGCCAAGGGUCUGCUGGCUCUGGAAGGGGAGUUGACUCCGAUCCUGGUUCAGAUGGUCAAGAGCGCAAACAUGAACGGCCUGCUGGACAGCGACAGCGACUCGCUGACCGACUGCCAGCAGAAAGUCAAAGCCAGGCUGCAUGAAAUCAUGCAGAAAGGCCAAGAGUUUACAGAGGAGGACUACCGCAAGUUGGCACCGACUGACAGCCCGUCGCUGGUGAACUCAAUGAAGGUCAUACAGGAUCCAGUCAAAACCUGCGACAAGGUGUACGCCCUCAUCCAGAGUCUCAAUUCACAGAUCCGCAAGAGGCUGGAGAACCCCAAGUCUGCAGACCUUCAGCUGUACCACAGCGAGACGCUGGAGCUGAUGCUGCAGCGCUGGUCCAAGCUGGAGAGAGACUUCCGCAUGAAGAACGGCCGCUACGACAUCAGCAAGAUCCCGGACAUCUACGACUGCGUCAAAUACGACUCGCAGCACAACGCCUCGGUGGCACUGGAGGACACGCUGGAGCUGUUCCGCCUGUCCCGCGCCCUGGCUGACAUAGUCAUACCACAGGAGUACGGCAUCAGCAAAGCGGAGAAACUGGACAUCGCUCAGGCCUACUGCGUCCCUCUGAUGAAAAAAAUCCAACUGGACCUGCAGAGGACCCACGAGGACGAGGCCGUCAACAAGCUGCACCCGCUGUAUUCCCGCGGCGUGAUGUCUCCCGGUCGCCACGUUCGCACUCGCCUCUACUUCACCAGCGAGAGCCACGUCCACUCCCUGCUCAGUGUCUUCCGCUACGGAGGACUGCUGGACGAUGAGAAGGACCAGCAGUGGAAACAGGCCAUGGACUACCUGAGUGCUGUGACUGAGCUCAACUACAUGACUCAGAUAGUCAUCAUGCUGUACGAGGACAACGACAAGGACCCUUCCUCAGAGGAGCGCUUCCACGUGGAGCUUCACUUCAGUCCGGGAGUCAAAGGGUGCGACGACGAGGAGAACGUCCCUCUCGGGUUUGGCUUCCGCCCGGCGUCCUCUGAGAACCAAGACAAAAAGCCCAACCAGGGCAGUCUGGAGGACCUCUCCCAGGACCAGCUGGACGAGGCGCUUCCCCUUUCUGAGCCAAUGAACAUCCAGCGACGGUCUCCCAUGAUCCGCAACCGGAAGACGGGCUCCAUGGAGGUCCUCUCUGAGACCUCUCCCACCCAGUCCUCCAAAGGCAGCACGUCCCACCGACUCUUCCCCUCCAGCUCGCGCCAGUCUCCCGAGAUCAAACCAACCAGUGGCCUAGGUGGGCUCCUCAUUUCCGGGUCGCUCUGCUCUGGCCUCUUCAGUGCCUCCGCCCUCGGGGUGUCCUGUAGCGCCCCCAACCUGCGGGACUACGUCCGCACGCACCACCACCACCACCUCCGAAAACCACCCCUGUCCCCCGGCAGUCUGCCGAUUGGCAUGUUUGAGCUGUUCUCUCUGCCGCCAGUAAAGAGAUUUUCUGUGUCGUUUGCCAGGCAUCCGACUAAUGGCUUCGAGGGCUGCUCCAUGGUGCCCUCCAUCUACCCGCUGGAGACGCUGCACAACUCGCUCUCCCUGAAGCAGGUGGACGAGUUCCUCAGCAAGGUGUGCGAGAGCAGCAGCGAGGCCCACGCCAAGACCAUGAAAGCGCUCUCCGGCCUGUUUGACUCUCAGAGUCAGACGUCUCUCUACAGUCCUCAGCAGCCGCUGUCCUCCUCCGGCUCGGAAACGUCUCUGCGGCCUCCGAGCCGGCCUCUGUGGCAUGGCAGUGUCCCCUCCAGUGCCGUGUCCAGCGCUGGCCCCUCCUCCCCGAUCACGGAGAGCUCCGGCCUGAACUUGAGCUUCAGUGAGUAGACCAUCUGUCCCCAAAACAACCCAAGGACAUCUGGGUAUUCAAAGACACGACCAGAGGCCCUCGGUGGGUCUGCCUCUCCCUUCUUCUUCUUUUCCUCACGUUCACACACACACACAAACCUGUACAAAGACACUGGAGGAGAUUCUGGGGAGACGCCACUGUGCCGCAAGUAUUUAAAAGAAAAAGACUGACUGUAAAUGUCACCACUCGGAUGCGCGGGGGAUCGCCACACUGGACCCCCAAACAUCUCAUCGCCUUGAACCACUUACUCAACACGUUGAGGAAACCAGCUGUUUUUCUUUGCAAAUAUUUAUGAAAUAUCUCACACACUAGCUGCCAGACGGCUGAGAAGAGUCGGCCGUCAUUCAUCUGCAUCUGAAACGUUUUAGUUUUCUUCUUCCCUGUUGAGCCGCAGCGACGUAGCUGGCCAAUCACAGCCCGCCCUGCAGCUCAACAAGCUGUUCUUCGAUUCAAGAGCGAUUCAGAAUCAUCUGAUCAUAUUUUACUUGUGUCUGCACUUGCUACAGGCUAAAAGUUCAAGCUUCCUUUUUGGAACUUUAGCUGGAGAGAGUUUAGGAGAUCGACGUCUCACGAUGGUCCGUCAAAUAUGAAGCGAGAGGCAGCAGCAGGUUAGCUUAGCACAAAGACUGGAAACAAAGGGGAAACACGUAGCCUGGCUUUGUCAACAACAAAAAGCUAAGUUUGACUGACCAGGAUGGAGGGAGAAUCCUCUCAAAUAUUGAGUUUGGAGUGUUAAAGUAGAUUUUAAGCCAGGAUGGCGUUUUCUCAGUUUGCAGUUUUUUUUGUGCUAAUCUAACUGGCAACUAGACAUUGCGUUACAUUGAACAUUACAAUUUAAUACGGAUAAUAAACUAAACAAUUUUCAGUGUAAAGAGACUUUAGACCAGAGGAUUACUGGGCAGGUAAAAAAAAGCCAAAUAGUCUAAUUCGCUGCGGCUCAGGAAGUCAGGUGACGUAGAUUAAGGGGCGUCGCCCAGGUGAACGCAAUGGUUUUGAACAAAGAAGCUGACGGAGCACAACAACGUGCUCCUGAAAUAUGCAAAGACAAGCAUCAUGCGAUCAUCGGGGGUUACUCUCGAGAGCCUGAAGGGUGAUGAGGUCAUCGAGGACCUUUUACAUUCAAUGUGCACAUCUGUGAACCAGAUGUUUGCCCCGUGCAACCAAAACAAUAAACUAUUUUUUUUUAGAUGCAGGUGUUUGUAUCGUGAAAAACUCAAGCCAGCUUCAGCAAACUGUCUUCAUCUGCUGUUAAAAGGAAACACAACGUAUCUGUAAAUGUGCAUUUGAAAUCGAUUAUUUUAGGGGCUGUAUUUUUUAUUAAGUUAAAAUUUUAGGGUGUUGACAAAUCAAAGACAUUUAGAAUAAAUCUGUGCUGUAGUUUUGAUGUUGGUGUUAAAGGAGAAAACCACUUUGUUGUAAAUGAUGUUUGUACAUAAUGAAAACUACUGAGUGCAAUGAUUCUCAGGUGGACACAUCAUGAAAAUCUCACUGAACUUGGGACCGUUUCACUUCAAUUACUUCUUUAAAUCAAUGAAUUAAAUUACUGAAUUUACUUUGAAGACCAAAUAAACAGUUUGUUGUUUUAGAGGUUAAACUCGUAACGUGGAACAACGCCCUUGUAUUACAGUAAAGCUCCGUAAUCAUGGCAUUACAUUCAUAUAGUACAGUGGCACCAAAGUAUAAGUGCUCAUUUCACACUGCUUAAAUUAGCAAUGAAGUGACUCCCAAAACCUGCAAAAAUCUCCUGUGGAAAAAGAGUUAUUACUUUUGGAUGCUUGAUUUACGUCAUUUUAGUUGUGUAUUUAAGUCAGUAUUCAAUGUGCUAUUUGAUGCCAACCAAAGUGGAGAUUUAAUGUGUAAAAUAAAAAUAUUUCCGUCAA